AUGAGUGGACAGGCUGCUAGCUAUUAUAAUGAGGGUAUCCCUCAGGGCCAGCCUCAACCUCAGCCCAACUACGGUUACGACCAGCGGAAUGCGAACUACCAACAGCCAAACAAUCAGCCUGCACCAUACCCGCAGCCAAAUUACCAGCAACCAACCUAUCAGCAACCUGCAGCUGAGCCCAAACCACCACAAUACCAGCAAAAUGUUCCAGAGUCCGGAUAUACCUUUGACCAGGCGUUUAAGAUUGACAAGCCCAAGUGGAAUGAUUUGUGGGCAGGUCUCUUGUUGAUCGCUGUCUUUCUCGGCUAUGUCGCUGUGUCUGGGCUUACCAUUAACAAGUAUGCCACCAAUAAAGGUUUCAAUGGAGGAGGAAUCUACGACUCGUCCAAUGAUUUCUCGCUGGAUACCAACACCCUCGUCCUGCUCGUCUUCGCCCUCUGCGUCGCCCUUGCUUUCUCUUGGCUUUAUUUCUUGGCCGCAAGACACUUCACCAAGACCUUUAUCUGGGCAACUGGUAUUCUCAACAUCGUUUUCGCCCUCGCAACAGGUAUCUACUACAUCGCCCGCAAGCAAUAUGGAGGUGGCAUCGCAUUCCUAGUCUUCGGCGUCUUCGCAAUCAUAUGUUUCAUCAGCUGGAUCCCGCGUAUCCCAUUUACUGCAUUUAUGCUGCAAACCGCCAUGGAUGUAGCUCGCGGCUACGGGCAUAUCUUCCUUGUAAGUGCCCUGGGCGGAAUUGUCACAGUUGCUUUCGCCGCCUGGUUUUCCGUCACUCUGGUCUCGAUCUACGUGGCCUACGAGCCGGAUUCCUCUGGUGGUGUUAACCCGUCCUGCGCAAACGGCGGCUGCAGCAGAGCCAAGGUCAUCGGCCUCGUCGUCUACGUGACUUUCGCUAUGUACUGGAUCAGCGAGUGGAUCAAGAACACCGUGCACACCACCGUCGCGGGCGUCUACGGCUCGUGGUACUUCUGGAGCAAGUCCGCUGGCGGUAUGCCCAAGGGCUCGACCCGGGGCGCGUUCCGUCGCGCGACUACAUACUCCUUUGGCAGUAUCAGUCUGGGCAGUCUAAUCAUCGCGUUCAUCAACAUGUUGCGACAGAUAUGCUCAGUCGCACAGCGACAGGAGGCUGCGCAGGGAAACUUGGUCGGCAGUAUCGCCAUGUGGGUUUUGGGUUGUUUUAUCGCGCUGCUGGACUGGCUCGUUACUCUUUUCAACCGCUACGCCUUCUGCCACAUCGCAUUGUACGGAAAGGCUUAUAUCCCUGCUGCCAAGGAUACCUGGACUAUGAUGCGCGACCGAGGAAUCGAUGCUCUCGUGCAAGACUGCCUGAUGGGCCCGGUGUUGACUAUGGGCUCGACUUUCGUCGCCUAUGUCUGUGCGCUGCUUUCAUAUCUCUAUCUGCAGUUUACCAACCCCGCGUACAACAGGGAUGGCAACUUCACCGCCGUCAUCAUGGCUUUCGCUUUCUUGAUUGGUCUGCAGGUCUGCCAGGUCUUCAUGACUCCCAUUGGGAGUGGUAUUGAGACUAUCUUCGUGGCUAUGGCUUGGGAUCCUCAGGUCAUGAUCAAUGAUCAUCCAGAUCUUUAUUACAAGCUGGUGCAGCUUUACCCUAAGGUUCAGCAGGCAGUCCACGCUUAA